UCACGCUUUCGCGCUCUCCUGCCUCUCUGCUCCUCUAGUAGGAUUCUCAGAGGCACUGUCGCCCUCAGUGGCAUAUUUUCGCACAAAUCGGCUCGAUCGACGCACAAUACCUCUAGUCUGACCAGUGAAAAGAUGGCGCCUAUCACUCCCUCUAAGGGAGUUAAGAGCACUAAGCUUCACUCGAAAGUGGUCAUCAUUGGUUCCGGCCCGGCUGGCCACACUGCGGCCGUUUACCUAUCUCGUGCAAACCUUAACCCUGUUCUCUUCGAGGGUUUCCUUGCUAAUGGUUUCGCGGCUGGGGGACAGCUAACAACAACAACUGAUGUUGAGAACUAUCCAGGCUUCCCUGACGGAGUCCUCGGUGGAGAACUUACUGAAAAAUUCCGUCAACAAUCCAUUCGCUUUGGCACAAUCGUCAUCACCGAGACCAUUUCUAAACUCGAUCUCUCUGUUCGCCCUUUCAAAUACUGGCGUGAAGGGGCGGAAGGCGACCCUAACGCAUUCGAGACGGCUGAUGCAAUAAUCUUGGCGACCGGUGCCAGUGCUAAGCGCUUGAACCUACCAGGGGAAGAUACAUACUGGAACAAUGGGAUCAGUGCUUGUGCCGUUUGUGAUGGGGCUGUCCCGAUAUUCCGCAACAAACCUCUUGCUGUUGUUGGUGGUGGGGACAGUGCUGCUGAAGAAGCGACCUUCCUGACCAAAUAUGGAUCGCACGUUUAUGUCCUCGUGAGACGCGACAAACUUCGAGCUAGUGACAUUAUGGCGAAGCGGCUGUUGUCCAAUCCCAAAAUUACUGUUCUCUGGAACACCGUUCCUAUCGAGGCUCAAGGAAAGAAUGGGCUUCUCAGUAACAUUCGCUUGAAGGACACAAAGACGGGAGAGGAGCGUGACCUGCCAGCCAACGGUCUUUUUUAUGCCAUCGGACAUACUCCUGCGACUGAACUUGUCAAAGGUCAACUAGAGACGGACGCUGAGGGUUAUGUCAUCACCGUACCGGGUACAACACUCACAAAUGUCAAAGGAGUUUUUGCUGCUGGCGAUGUUCAGGACAAACGUUACCGGCAGGCUAUCACUAGUGCCGGGACGGGAUGUAUGGCCGCUCUCGAGGCGGAAAAGCUCCUAGCAGAAGAAGAGGAGCUUGGGCAUUAG